CUGAAGUCCGCGGAUAGCUUCUGAGGACUGUUUUCACUGUUGCUGCUCCUUCGCCGAGAGGUCUAGGUGGUUCUGCCGCAGCUGACCAGCAGGUUGUGCGGGGAGGAUCUCGACUUGGUGUGCGAGUUGGUGCGUGGUCCGUGGGGUCUCCGGUCCCUCUUUUCUCCUGUUAAAAGCUAACCGCAGAUAUCAUGAAGACAUUACAGCAUUUAUUUGGGCAAGUAGCAGUUAGUGAAUCAGAGCCAUACUUUGUUAUUUGUGGGUCUCCCAGAAGGGCUUGAAAAGGCUUUUAGAAGGUGAGAGAACCAGACAAACCCCAUUUUAGGCAGCUCUCACCAUCUUGAGAAAUAAAUUUCGGUUUCCCGGCCAGGUAUUUCCCCAUAAUCGUAUGAUUCCUACCACCCAAUCAGAACACACCUUGUAAACAGACCACUGGGUCACUAGUGCCCAAUCCUGUGCAGCCCCAUACUCAGAUCUUCCCCCAAACCCCACCUACGGCCCGGUCCCAGAGCUCCCGGCUUCUGGCCAGGAUCCUUGCAGCGGAGCCGAAGCCCCCGGGAGUCCAAGCUGGAGCUUGCGGCAAUAAAGGCCCUUCUGCUUUUGCAUUGGACUGGCUCCUGGUGGUCUUGGGGAACUACGGGAUCUGGACACAACAAAGGUGGGGAUUGUCUAUUCUUAGCUUCUGGUGUGAAGAAUGACCAACCUCACUGAAAGCAAGGUACCGUUGACACUCAUGGAUGUGGCCGUAGAAUUCUCUCCAGAGGAGUGGGAAUACCUGGAUCCUGCGCAGCAGAAUUUGUAUAGGGAUGUGAUGUUAGAGAACUAUAGCAGCCUGGUCUUUCUUGCACUACAUAUUAAAGAAUGCAACACACAGUCUUUGGAAAGCCCCAGAGAAACCCAAGCUAUUGGAUGUAGUUCUGGAUUAACUGUUCAGUCAAUUAUAUCUGAAGACCAGAGAUUUACAAUUGAAGAGAAUAAUUCGACAUGUGGUCAGUUUGAUGGGUCCUUUGUUAAAUGUUUAGAAUUCUUUCAACAACAUAUAAUACCAUUUUGUGACAAAAUAUAUGACUGUAAUCAAUAUGGUAAGGUUUUUACCGAAUCAUCAUUGCUUAAUCAAUGUCAGGAAAUGGAUAAUUCAGGAGAACAUUACAUAUUCAAUAAGGCUUUGAUGUCUAUUCAGGAAUCUUCUCUAAAUAAUUACCAAGAUAUUUGUAUUGACAAGAGAAAUUAUCAAUGUGAUGAACCUGAUAAAACCUUGUACCAAGACUCUUGUUCAGGAAAACAUCAGAAAUGUCAAUAUGCAGAGAACCAGUACAAAGGCAAAAAAUGUGAGAAAGUCUUUAAUCAAAGUUUAAAGUUUUUUAGCAAUGAGAAUGGCCAUAUUCAAAGAUAUUGUCACAAAUGUAAUGACUGUGUAGAAGUUUUUACAGAUUCAGGGAAACAUUCUCAAAAUCAGAGUAUUCCUAUUAGAGAAAACUCAUCCAGAUGUAAUAAAUGUGGGAAAGUUUUUAGUCACUCAUCUAAUCUGAGAAAACAUAACAUACUCCAUAAUGAAGAAAAUCUUUGCAAAUAUAAAGAAUGUGGAAAAACCAUUAAUCAGAGUCAACAGCUUCAAGAACAUCAGAAAAUUUAUACUUCAGAAAGACCAUACAAAUGUAAAAGAGAUAAUAAAUUAUUUACUCAGUCCUCAAAUUUUACUGUACAUCAAAAAAUUCAUAGUGGUGUGAAGCCCUACAUAUGUAAAAAAUGUGACAAAGCCUUUUCCAGGUGUUCACUUCUUAGUCGACAUCAAAGAAUUCAUGCUGGAGUGAAACCCUACAAAUGUAAAAUAUGUGGCAAAGCCUUUUCCAAUAGUUCACAUCUUAAUCGACAUCAAAGAACUCAUGCUGGAGUGAAACCCUACAAAUGUAAAAUAUGUGGCAAAGCCUUUUCCAAUAGUUCACAUCUUAAUCGACAUCAAAGAACUCAUACUGGAGUGAAACCCUACAAAUGUAAAAUAUGUGGCAAAGCCUUUUACUAUAGGUCGGACCGUACUCAGCAUCAGAGAGUACAUACUGGAGUGAAACCCUACGCAUGUAAAGAAUGUGGUAAAGUCUUUUCCUAUGGUUCACACCUUACUGAACAUCAGAAAAUUCAUAUUGGGGUGAAACCCUACAAAUGUAAAGAAUGUGGUAAGGCCUUUUGCCGUAGUUCAGACCUUACUCGGCAUCAGAGAAUUCAUACUGGUGUAAAACCCUACCAAUGUAAAGAAUGUGGCAAAGUCUUUUCCCGCGGUUCACACCUUACUCGACAUCAGAGAAUUCAUACUGGAGUGAAACCCUACAAAUGUAAAGAAUGUGACAAAGCCUUUUUCCGUGGGUCACAGCUUACGGAGCAUGAGAGAAUUCAUACGGGAGUGAAACCCUACAAAUGUAAAGAAUGUGACAAAGCCUUUUUCUAUAGGUCACAGCUUACUCAGCAUGAGAGAAAUCAUAACAGAAUGAAACCCUUACAAAUGUAAAAAAUGUGACAAAGCCCUUUACUAUGGUCCACACCCUACUCCGUAUCAGAGAACUAAUAAUGGAGUGAAAACCUACAAAUGUAAUGAGUGUUGUAAAUUUUUUUCUCCAUCUUCAAACCAUAGAAAACAUCAAAAAAUUACAUUAGAGUGAAACCCUGCAAAUGCAAGGACUGUCUCAGAUCAUAUGCCCAGACUUCAGACCUUAGAAAACAUGAAAAUAAUUGAUACUGAAGAGAAACCCUGCUGAUGGAAAGAAUUUGACAAAACCUUUUACUAUAUUGCACACAUUGCUUGACGUCAAAAAAUUUAUACUGGCUUGGUGCCUGUAGCACAGUGGUUAUGGUGCCAGCCACAUGCACCAGUGCUGGCGGGUUCAAGCCUAGC